AUGGCUUGGAUAGUGUUGGGUCAUACGCUAUCUUCUGAGAAUAUAUUCUCUAAUGAAAUAGAAGCAUUCGAGUGGUUGCUAUCUUGGAAGAGUUUGUGGUUGACCGCGUCGCCUAUAAGUGUGGACACUUUUUUCACCUUAAGUGGGUUCCUCGUAGUUUAUACCACAUUGGGAAAAUUUACUGGAAUAAAGCUGCUCAAGAACAUUCACUUGUUUUGGCUGAACAGACUUCUGCGCUUGUUCCCGUUGCUAGCCACAGUGGCGCUAGUAGGAGCAUCAUUUUUGAACCGCUUCGGAGAUGGCCCAGACUGGGGCAUUGUGGCUUAUCUUGUGGAAAAAUGUAGAACCAGUUGGUGGACCACAUUGACGCAUACACAGAACUACAUGACUCCUUUGCUUACGUGGCUGGUUGUAUGUUACUGGGUGUUAGCCUUCUCAUUAUCUACGUUCAUACUAUACGCUGAUUACGCGACAAGAGUCGACCCUGAUCAAACUGUGGCCAACCUCUACAACUCUUUUAUCAGACCUUUAUGGGCACUUUUCAUUGGCAGUAUGAUAUAUAUGUGCGUCUAUGGCUAUGGAGGUCCCAUUAACUGGUUCUUAUCCUUAAGUGUUUGGAAGAUGCACUCUCGUCUGUCAUACGGGAUAUAUCUUAUCCACUCAGGAUUGAUUUUUGCUAUUAACAACAAUGCAGUAACAACAAUUCGAUUCUCUCCUAGUACGAUAUUGUUCAAGUUUCUGGGGUACUACACGCUGUCUUUCAUCGUUGCCUUUUUCGCAGUAUUAAUAAUAGAUGCGCCUUUUAGCACUUUAUUCAAACUACUAUUAGGAGGAGGCGCCAAAAAGCCUCAAAAACAAGAAACGGAUGUUGAAUCUACGACGAAAGAAGCUGUAGAAUAA